AUGUCGAGAAAGUAUGGUGAUUCUGAUUCGGAUGACCUGCCGCUGGCUCAGAGACGUCGACGCCGAGCCCCUCAUCCGGUGUCCGACUCAGGCCCGUCGUCUAUCCCUUCUCCUCCUCCAGCUGCAGUUAUCUCUCCUCCGCCUCCUGUUGUGCCUCAGCCUCCAAUCCCAAGCCAUGCACAUGAUCCCCCUAUUUCAUCCAAUACCCAGGUCGAACCCCUGCUGGCUCAACCUUCUACGGCUCAACCUUCCACCCCGCAGCAACCUCAGGGCGGUGAAGCUGGCCCCUCAGAACGCUCUUCGGCUACCCCACCCGCAGUACACCCUCAGGGGCCUUCUUCAGCUCCUUCUAUCUCAACUGCUGGUCCUUCAGCUCCUCUUGGCUCAGCCACGGGUCCUUCAGACCCCUCCCCGCUCACUUAUCACAACUACAGUACUAGCGUCCCUUCUGAGGGGAGGUUAUGGUCCCGAACAGAUGUUCCCACCAGCUCCCUUAAAAUGAAAGGUCGUCUGGCCACUUUAUGGGAAGAAAGCAUACAACGUAUGGAUUCCUUGCCUCCCUUGGCCCAGAUGGACAAAUUCGCUGAGUUGUAUGUCAAGGCUUGUGCAGAGUCUUUAGCAGUGAACAACUCCUUCCAUGCUAUUCAUCAUCAGAAUAAGGUGUUGCGGGACCAAGUUGCUGAACUGGAAUUGCAAUUGAAUGAUCCGGCCCAGGCCAGCCAUGCUUUGCGGGUGGAGAUAAAAGACUUGACCAGAAAGAAGAACAAUCUGGAAGUAUCUUUAACGCAGGCCCGCCAUGAACUUAAAGAUCUCCAGGAAAAGCAAAGUCAAGCUGAUACUGUACACCAGCAAAGUAUAAAUCAGCAAGCUUUAGAGCAUCAUCAAUUGGCUCAGAAACUGCGUGCUGCCGAGACUUUGGCGAAGGAUCAAGACCAGAAGUUAAAAUCGCAUGAGGCCCUUUUGAAAUCUCAAGAGACCCAGCUGACUUCCCAAGCAACAGAACUAGCCGCCGCCCGAAGUGAACUGGCUCAGGCUCGGGCCACCACAGAGGGCGUGUCAAUAGCUUUGGCUAUCUACAGAGAUGGAGAGAACGAUCGAGUCUGCAGAACCGUGCCAUGUAUCUGCGUUCUCCCGAAUUUUAUGCGCAAGUCGGACAGCGUUUCUCUACGUCUAUUAUCUAUGGAGCUGGCGGGGCUCUGCGACAACUUCAUGAGCAAGACUACAUAA